AACUUGAAAUUAAGCGUAAAAUAAGGAAUGCAAUAAUGAAGAAAAAGGACUAAAAAGAGAGUAAAAAUAAAAUGUUUUGGGAUGUAAAAGGGAUUUUAGUAAUAUUUACUUGUGUGUGUGUGUAUAUAUAUAUAUAUAUAUAUAUGUGUGUGUGUGUGUGUAAUUUUUCGUUUUUAUAACUAUUAUCCUUCCUUUAUCUGCAGGCCCACCGGAAGCAUUGUUCCACCGCUCCGAUUACCCACACUUCCCGCAAUCUCUCUGUCGCAAUUCACCACAGCAAAAGUAGCAGUAAUGGGUGAAGAAGAAAUGGAAGGAAAGGUUAUGGAAGGGGUUGCUUCAAUAGCACUCAUAGAAAACGGGUCUAUUUCUGGUCAUUUCAUUCAUCUUCCUCAUUCUAUCUGCUAUGGCAUCCAUGGCACUGAGAUGGUUUGCGAAAGGGAAUGCAGUAGGGGUGAGGACUACCGACUGAUGAAACUCACAAUUAUUGACUACAAUAGAAAAAGGGAAAGAGAUGUUAUAGUAGAGUGCAAAGGACAUGAUGCUGCUAGGAUUAAGAAUGUUGACCAUGCUCAUGGAUGGGAGGAUGAUGUUGUCAAUAUGCUUGACAAGAAGGAUCAGAAGCACAAGAUUCUUGUUUCUUUUGAAUGUGAGACGCUGAAAGCAGGUAAAGCAGCUGAGGACCACAUCAACAAAUUCAUGCCAAAAUUAGCUGGGACGGAUGCUGUUGUUAACAUUGGCAAGAUGAGGAUUGUAGGCUUGGACAACGAAGAUGCAACUGGAGAUGGAGAUGAUAACCAGCAGAAUAUUUGAGCUACAGCUCAUUGGCACUACCUUGUGUCUCGGGCAAUUUGAAUGCAAAAACUCUUUUGAGGAUAAAUUGGGAUGUAUUAUGUACAUAGUCGUGCGGCUUUAAGCUUACUAUCUUGGCGUUACGUCUUGUAAUUUAUAUUACCUCAGAAGCUGCUAUGUGUUUUGCUAAUGGUUCACUUUAGAUUAAGAUGCAUUACCAGUUAACAGCGUUAGACUGGGACAUCAAGCUUAGUGCUCAAUACAGAAAUAUGGUGCACAAAAUUAAGCCAACUCUCUUGAUUACUAUUGAA